GAUGGGGAUGAGCAAUCAGUCCAUGUUGAGCAGUGCCCGUGUCACCUGAACACCUGUAGGCUCCUCAUUGUACUCUUAAAAUGGUCGCUUUUCCUAAGAUUUGCCUGUUGACCCUCGUCGCCACGGUCUCCGUGUCCGGACAACGUCGACCCAAGUCUUUGGUUAACACCUUCCCCUUCAACCAGCGCAACCAAGCUGCCGGUGCUGCUGCUCAUGCUCACCAUGAUCACCAUCAUCAUGACGAUGGGCAGCACGCCCAUGCCGUGGUAGAAUCCGCCCCUGCUCGUGCAUCCCGUCAAGGCCAAGGAAACGAGGUCGCUCUGGAUAUCGGAAGCAUUGCCGCCGCCGGUGAGAGAUGUAUUGACAAGGUUGUCAUGGUCGAGGAGACCGAAUACGACGAGGAGAUCGAGUGCCACCAUAGCUACUCUGAGCGAUGCCAUACCACCUACACCACCGACUUUGAGCCCCAACAAGAGGAGGAGUGCGAGGAGAACUUCAAGAAGAGCUGCUUCAUCGAAUACCGAAAGGUGGCCUUUGAAGAACCCAUCAGGUUCUGCCACACCCCUUUGAUCUGCGAGGGCGAAGGACCCGAGGAAUGUAAGACCGUGUACGAGACCCAAUGUGAGACUCGUUACCACGAGCAUGAGGUCGAGGAUGAUGUCGUUGAUUGCGAGACCAUUCAAGAGGAGAAGUGCGAGGAUGUCACUCAGGGUUAUACCACCUAGCAAAAGUGCACCAAGUGGCCCAAGCAAGUGUGCUCCAACGAGAAGAAGACUGUCAAGAAGUACACCCCCGAGACCGACUGUAAGAAGGUCGGCCGUGAGCUCUGCGGACCCUCCGGUUGCGUGCCUCAACCCGGACCUGAGGAGUGCUUCGACAAGAAGGAGACUGUUGUCCAAGAGGUGCCCGAGGAGACUUGCAACUUGGAACCUCAAAGAUCGUGCAAGCACGUCACCAAAUUGGUGCCCCUCCUCAAGCCUUCCGAGGAGUGCGUGGACAUCCCCAAGGAGGUGUGCUCCCGAUCCCGCAAGAACCCCCGCAAGGUCCAAAAGCCCGUGGUCAAGAAAUGGUGCUACGUGCCCUCGGAGCAAUCUGGUUUGGCUUAAGAUGGAUCCUCUCAACUCAAUCCAACUCAAACAGCCCCCCACAAAGCUUUAUGACCCGUUGCCAUUCCUUGCAAUCAUCAGCACUGCCAGUCCGGAUGAUGAGGACACCCCUGCAAUCUCGGCUCGAUCCAUUCUGGCCUUUUUAUCUUCGUUUCUGUGUCGUGACCAUCAGUCUUUCGCCAGCGUUUUCUGCUAUCUCUCGCUCGGCUUUCACAAGCUUUUGAUUAACCCACUC